CGCCGCACGGUCACGUGACGAUCUUUGAGUUUACCGCCUGAACUGUACGGUUUGUACGUGUGCGUUGUGCUGAAAUGGAGCUGCUGAGUAUAGUUUAGAGUUUUGGGACGCUGUCACGAUGGUUAAAUAACAGGCUGCUUUUUACGAAAUAUAUAACUUAUUAAACAUUGUUUACUUUUUCUCCUGUAGUAUUUUAAAUGAGCUCGAACACACGCCUUUACUGAGCACAAUGCUGUCAAAGCUCGAGAAACAAAUUCUUAUAGAUCUGUGGCACAACAUGAUACCAGUGGCAGAAGAAAUUGGAAGUGAAGCACUGUUCAGAAUGUUUACGUCGUUUCCCAAAACCAAGACAUAUUACGGUCACCUGGACCUCAGUCACGGUUCUGAGCAUCUACGUUCUCUCGGGAAGAAGAUUGUGAUGGCCAUAGCAGAAGGAACGACACACAUAGGCACUCCAGAGUUCACCAGCAGCCUGGGCUACCUCAGCAGAUACCACGCCUAUCAGCUGCGAAUACAUCCGACCAACUUCAAGCUGUUUAACCACUGCAUACUGGUGACUUUAGCUUGUCAUUUGGGGGAAAACUUCUCAGCCAUCGAACACGCAGCGACCGACAAGUAUCUCUCAGCUUUUUCCGCAGUGCUGGCCGAGAAGUUCAGAUGAGGAGGUUUUCUAAAAAAAGAAAAAAAACCCACUCAUCAUCAUCAUCAUCAUCAUCAUCAUCAUCACAUGUGUCUCGCCAUGUCUUUCCAAGAUUCUAAUGGGAGACCAAUGUUCAUCAGUAUACCGCAUUGUUUAUCUUUAAUAUUCAUAAUGUAUAUAGAUAACCGCUGUAAAAUUAAAUGCGAUUUCAUUUCAAUUAAA